AACAUGGCUGCCUCGGAUCCACGAUAGUGCACAACAAUCACAUCGAAAAAGCUUAAAAACUACUUAUACUUUUGGCGUGUUGUGCAGAAUGAUUUUAAUGUGUUUAAUGUCGCAGUUUCAAAGGCUAAGACAUCGCCACACAAAAGCGUCCGUUAUUCGCUUAAAGAUUGUAACCAACCCUCAUAGAUAUUUCAAUUUCACAACACAGUCAUAACCUACAAUACAAGUAAUAUAGUCGUAAGGCUUCAAUGUCUGUACAACGAUGCUGAGUUUUCUCUAUGCUAGGCAAUCGGGACUUGACGACCCAGUUCGUCUGAGACGUGCAGAAUCCACGCGAAGGGUGCUGAGUCUGGAGUUAAACCAUGACAGAGAUGUUGAUCGUAUCCAUGGCAAUGGAAUUAACACUCUGGAUAUUGAGGUUAUUGAUGGACGAUAUAUGUUGUCAGGUGGAUCUGAUGGAGUGAUUGUGAUCUAUGACCUGAAAAACAACAACAAGAAGCCUCAUUACACUUGCAAAGCAGUCUGCACAGUGGGCAGGUCCAGUCGGCAUGUUCAUAAGUUUAGCGUUGAAACAGUGCAGUGGUACCCGCAUGACACUGGUAUGUUCGUAUCCAGCUCGUUUGACAAAACCAUGAAAGUCUGGGACACAGAAACUCUGAAGCCGGCUGAGCAGUUCCAGUUUGAUGGCAAUGUCUACUGCCACCACAUGUCUCCUAUAGCCAGGAAACACAGCCUCGUAGCAGUUGGUACCAAAGACCCUAAAGUGCAGCUUUGUGAUCUGAAGUCUGGGUCUUGCAUCCACAUUUUACAGGGUCACAGAGGUGAGAUCCUUUCAGUCAGAUGGUCUCCACGAUACGAGCACAUUCUGGCCACAGCCAGUACUGACAGUAGGGUCCGCAUUUGGGAUGUGAGACGGGCCUCAGGAAGUCUUUUUACUUUAGACCAGCACAAUGGGGACAAAUCCAAGGCCUCAUCUGAAGCAGUUAAUACGGCUCACAAUGGAAGAGCAAAUGGACUGUGCUUCACAGACGAUGGACUUUAUCUUCUAACCACAGGGACCGAUGAUCGCAUGCGCCUGUGGAAUAGUGCCACAGGAGAGAACACACUAGUGAAUUAUGGGAAGGUUGUAAAUGAGAGUCGAAAAGGCCUCAAGUUCACCGUAUCGAGGGGCUGUAGCCCGGAGUUUGUGUUUGUGCCUUGUGGCAGCUCUGUGGCAGUGUAUGGGAUUCACUCCGGUGAGCUAAUCACCAUGUUGAGGGGACAUUACAAUAAUGUAGACUGCUGUGAGUUCCACACAGAUUUCCAGGAGCUUUACAGUGGUGGUAAAGACUGUAACAUCCUUGCUUGGGUCCCAGUGCUAAGACAGCCUGACAUUGAGGAUGAAGGAUCUAAACCUCCACAGGGUGGAACUCAAGCUUCUAUCAAUCCUGCUUUCGAAGAUGCCUGGAGCAGUGAUGAAGACUGACAGAGCAAAAUCAUUUACUAAUGAAUGACUCAAAUGACUGAACGAAUCAUUGAAUAUACACAUAAAACUCUGCAUGCAUACCUUCACGUCAAAGUGCCUUUCUACAUGUAAUUGCAUUCUGCAUCAGUGAAGACAGACAGCAACAGCAUUGAGUUUUCUUUGGUCUGUGCACCUGUGGCAGCUCUGUGCACCCUCACCCGCUGAUGUUUUUAGCCAGGCCUGUGGGUUUUUAUACUUUACAUAAGCUUUACCUUUCACCUAGAAGUGGACUGUAUGUUUACAUCAUUAGAACACUGAGCAUCAAGGUUUAAUAAACUGUAAAAAU